AUGGGUAAAAACAAGAAGAAAAGUGCCAAGUCUCUGGGCCCUGUAGAAACUUCUGGCGCCGAUACGAAUGGCUCGACGACCCCACAGGCUUCGGAAAACAAUCCUAUACCACCAAACACGGUUGAAAAUGACAAAAAUAUCAACACAAACCAAAAUGUUGAUGACAGCGAAACAACAAAUAAUCAAAAGCUACAAAACACCAACGGCCUGAUACCGUCCCACAAGGCACCAGAACAACCUUCGGGUGGCACUGAAAUUGAAUCACAACAGAAAGAAGAAAUAAAAGCGUUACAGAAACGAAUCGCCGAACUCGAGCUCCAAGCUAAUGUGUCGGAUGAUGAUUCAAACAUCAGAAAACAACUCGAGGAAGUCACCAAAGAUCGAGAUGAAACGAAGGCAUCGUACGAUUCCCUUCUUUCGAAGUUGUCGUCGAUGAAGACUGUUUUCAGCAAGAUGAAAGAAGCUCAGAACGAGCUUGAGGAGACCAAAGAUGCAUUGCAAUUGGAAGUCGAGCGAGCAGACGAGGCGGAAAAGGCAAAAACAAGCCUUGAAGCUACCGUGAAGUCGCUUCAACAAAAGACAAGUGACCUCAAUGGCGAGUGUGAUCGACUUACAAACUCGUUGACGAUGCUUCGUCGUGAGUACCAAACCAAAGACGACAGUUUCCUGGACGAACGGUAUGAGCUCGAGAACCAGAACUCCAGACUCAGCAAGACCAUCAGCGAGCUCAAGGCGGAGAUCACAGAACUCAAAACUGCUAGGAGCGAGCAGGCGCUGGAGAUGAAAGAUUUGCAUGCUAAUAAUGAAAACUUGAGAGAAAAGCUAGAAGAAAAGGAGAAGGAAGUAGCACAGAGAGCGGAGAAGAUUUCCGAGCUCGAGACCCAUAUCACGCAAAUUAAGCAUGACAGCGAUUCAACCGUCAAACAACUCGAGAACCGGGCAGCUGAGCUCUUGGCCGAGGUUGAACAGAAGAACAAUCAUAUAACUAAACUCACGGAAACCGUCAACCGCCAAACCAAAACCAUCGACAACUUUGGAGCCGAGCGCGAGAAGCUCAAGCUGUUGGAAAACGACGUAAAUGCCAAACAGCUUCUUAUUGGCAAACUCAGACACGAAGCCAUCAUUCUCAACGAGCACCUCACCAAAGCGUUACAAAUGCUCAAGCAACACCUGAGCAGCGAGAACAACGCCAUAGACAAGGAGCUUGUGCUGAAUGUUCUCAUAGGUUUCCUCCAGUUUCCUCGAGGUGAUACCAAAAAAUACGAAGCUUUACAGUUGAUUAGUGCAUUAUUGGAUUGGGACGAAAACCAAAAAGUGGCCGCCGGGCUCAGCCAUGGUCAAUCGCAACGAGUAGAAGGCAGACAGAGCUUUGUUUCGCUAUGGACCGACUUUCUUGAAAAAGAAUCGCGCGGCAAGUAA